CCAGGAAGAGCCGGAGGAGCCCGAGGAGCCGGGCGGCCUUUGCCGUCGCCGCCGCCGCCCCAGGGAACAGUCGUUUGCUGAGGAGGGGACGUAGCCUGUCCACAGACCAGGCAGGGCUGCAGGCCCCACACCCUAUGGACCCAGAGGCUGGUUUUUCUGGUUUGCUCCCGCAAGGCAAUUUGCACAUUUCUCCGAAGAACCAUCCAGAAGCUGAGCAGCCUGCCUUUGGACUGGGCCAGAGGGGAGGCCCACGGUUGUUCCUGGAAACCUCAGGCCGGGAAUGGCCGAGUGGACCAGGCCAGGCCAGAGGCAGCCUCGGGUGGCCGCGCCGGCCGCAGAGGAGCCACAGCAGCCCCUGGGCCGCGAGCUGACGGAGGCCAACCGCUUCGCCUAUGCCGCCCUGUGUGGCAUCUCCCUGUCCCAGCUGUUCCCAGAGCCUGAGCAGAGCUCCUUCUGCGCCGAGUUCCAGGCGGGCCUGGUGGAGUGGCUGGCGCUGCCGGAAUCCGUCCUGCCCACCAUGACUGCUUUCGCCAGCGGCUUGGGGGGCGAAGGGGCAGAGCUGUUCGCUCAGACGCUGUCCAAGGACCCCGCCCUGCAGGGCGACCCCGCGUCCAUCACGCAGGACCUUCUGAGCUUCUCACUCAAGGAUGGGCGCUAUGAUGCCCGGGCCAGAGUCCUCGUUUGCCACAUGACCUCCCUGCUCCAGGUGCCCUUGGAGGAGCUGGAUGUCCUUGAAGAGACAUUCCUGGAGAGCCUGAAGGAGACCAAAGAGGAGGACUCUGAGACGGCUGAGGCAUCCCGGAAGAAAAAAGAAAACCGGAGGAAAUGGAAGCGGUACCUGCUGAUCGGCCUGGCCACCGUGGGAGGUGGCACUGUGAUCGGCGUGACGGGUGGUCUAGCCGCACCCCUCGUUGCCGCUGGAGCUGCGACGAUCAUCGGCAGCGCCGGGGCAGCUGCGCUGGGCUCAGCGGCCGGCAUAGCUGUCAUGACCUCGCUGUUCGGCGCCGCUGGGGCCGGCCUGACAGGAUACAAGAUGAAGAAGCGGGUUGGAGCCAUUGAGGAGUUCACGUUCCUGCCCCUGACGGAGGGCAGGCAGCUGCACAUCACCAUCGCCAUCACUGGGUGGCUCGCGUCCGGCAAAUACCGCACCUUCAGCGCGCCCUGGGCUGCCCUGGCUCGCAGCCAGGAGCAGUACUGCCUGGCCUGGGAGGCCAAGUACCUGAUGGAGCUCGGCAACGCCCUGGAGACCCUCCUCAGUGGUCUCGCCAACAUGGUGGCCCAGGAGGCCCUCAAGUACACCGUGCUGUCUGGCAUCGUGGCUGCCCUGACCUGGCCAGCCUCGCUCCUCAGCGUCGCCAACGUCAUCGACAACCCCUGGGGGGUGUGUCUCCAUCGAUCGGCAGAAGUUGGCAAGCACCUGGCCCACAUCCUGCUCUCCAGACAGCAGGGCCAGCGACCUGUCACCUUGAUUGGAUUCAGCCUGGGAGCCAGAGUUAUCUACUUCUGUCUGCAAGAGAUGGCUCAGGAGAAAGAUUGCCAGGGGAUCGUCGAGGACGUAGUCCUGCUGGGUGCACCUGUGGAAGGAGACCCCAAGGCCUGGGAGCCGUUCCGGAAGGUGGUCUCGGGGAGGAUCGUCAAUGGCUACUGCAGGGGCGACUGGCUGCUCAGCUUCGUGUACCGCACGUCCUCCGCGCAGCUCCGCGUCGCCGGCCUGCAGCCCGUGCUGCUGCCCGACCGCAGGGUGCAGAACGUGGACCUGUCCUCAGUGGUCAGCGGCCACCUGGACUACGCCAAGCAGAUGGACGCCAUCCUGAAGGCCGUGGGUGUCCGCACCAAACCCGGCUGGGGCGAGAAGGGGCUCCUGCUGGCACCGGGCAGCCUGCCCCGGGAGGAGCCUCGCCCGGCAGCCGCCUCCUCAGCGGACGAGACCAGCCACCAGGCGGGGCAGAGCCAGGGGCCCGCACCCGGAGGUGCCCCCAGGGCGUCCACUGACCCCAGCCACGCCCAGGUGCCCGAGGGGCUGGACCAGUCCCAAGGGGCCUCGCUUCCCGCUGCUGCCGGCCCAGCUGGGAGCCCCCGUAUGUGUAGCCAUGGUGUGGACCCCAACCCACUGGGCUGCCCUGACUGUGCCCAGGAGCCCCAGGGCCCCUGCCUGGGGCUGGACUGAGCUCAGCGGGCACCUGGGCAUCUCCCAGGUUUCUACACGCAGCUCCGUGCCCGCUGAGCCGCCCACCCAGCCCUGAGGAGGGCAGUUCUCAGCAGCGCCUCUCCUGGGACAGGAAUUGGGGUUGACAAGGACCCGGAGGGAAGGGAAACGGGCACCUUCCUUCCCUGGAAGGCAAGAGCAGAGACCUGCAAGGCCCGCCCCGCACAGCUGGACCCCAGGACUCCCCGCCAGGGGCCUCCUGCACCAGGACCCAGCUGUGGGGUCCGGCUGUCGGGAGGUGCAGUGAGACCUGUGGGACGGAGACUCCCAGGCCACUGCCCUCCCCUGGCCGCCCCCAGGCACCUGCAGGGGCACAGGCGCCAGCCGGCAGCUUCCUUUCUCCACGCUUAGCAGAUCCAUCAGCUCUGUCACGUUCAGUCUUGCAGGCUGGGCACUGCACAAUUAUAGGGCGACGCUCAUGCAGCCCUGACGCUGUAAGCAGCCCCAGAGCUGCGCGACGUUGUGGGCUGGGUAUGAUCAACAGGGCAGGAGCAAUAAAUGCUGAAUCAGCAUGUAGAGUAUUGGGAACCAGGCCCAGUGACAGGAAUGGAUUACAGGGGAGGAUUUCCUACGGCAGGAACAGGGAUAAUAAAAUUAAUAACCCGA